UUGACGCUCUCGGCACCGCUCGGCUCAGUUCGGUUCUGCUCGAGUCGGAGGCGCAGCGUCUCCCGGUUCUUCGCCGCUGCGGAGGAGUACGAUGCGGAGCAGCAGCGACCCGGACCGAACCAGAACCAGACCAGGACCCGGACCCAGGCCCGCAGAACCCUCCGGGCCGCGGACGGCAUGACGGCAGCGGCGGUGGGGCAGCGAGACACAGACCGGAGCUGCAGCCGCUGAGGGACGCAGCUAACCGGCUGCUAACGGCGCGAUGACCGCGGACGGAACCGGAACCGGAACCAUCCGCAGCCGCAUCAAGAACCUGCUGAGGUCCCCGUCCAUCAGACUGAGGAGGAGCGGAACGGCCCGGAACCAGCGGGACCUGAGCGGAAAGGUGACGUUGGAGAAGGUUCUGGGGAUCACGGCUCCGGGGAACCGAGCUCUGGCCUGCGACCCUCGAACCGGACUGUUGGCUUAUCCUGCAGGGUGUGUCGUCGUCCUGCUGAAUCCUCGUAAGAACAAACAGCAUCACAUCUUCAACAGCUCCAGGAAGGCGAUCACCACUUUGGCGUUUUCUCCAGAUGGCAAAUAUGUUGUUACCGGAGAGAGCGGUCACAUGCCGGCGGUUCGAGUCUGGGACGUUUCUGAACACGUUCAGGUGUCGGAGCUGCAGGAACAUAAAUACGGAGUCGCCUGUGUGGCUUUUUCACCGAAUGGAAAGUAUAUCGUCAGCGUUGGAUAUCAGCAUGACAUGAUCGUCAACGUCUGGAACUGGAAGAAAAACGUUGUGGUCGCAGCCAAUAAGGUUUCCAGUAAAGUGACGGCCGUCUCCUUCUCAGACGACAGCUCCUACUUCGUCACCGCCGGCAACCGACACGUGAAGUUCUGGUACCUGGAUCACGCCAAGACCUCCAAGGUGAACGCCACCGUCCCGCUGCUGGGGCGUUCAGGGCUGCUGGGAGAACUCAGGAACAACUUCUUCAGCGACGUGGCGUGUGGGCGUGGCCGGCAGGCGGCCUCCACCUUCUGCAUCACUUCCUCCGGGCUGCUGUGUGAGUUCAACGACCGGCGGCUGCUCGACAAGUGGGUGGAGCUUCGGAGAGUCGACUCUGCCGCCACGGCUCAGGCCACCUGUCUAUCCGUGACCGAUGAGUUAAUCUUCUGUGGUUGUUCUGAUGGAACCGUUCGAGCCUUCAGCCCCAUCAACCUGCACUUCCUGUGCACUUUGCCCCGCCCACACUCCCUGGGUGCUGACAUCGCCAGUAUGGUGGACGCCAGUCAGCUGUUCUCCUGCAGGCCGGAGUCUCGUUACCCGGAUACGGUGGCGGUGACCUACGAUUCCACCAACCGCUGGCUGUCGUGCGUCUACAACGACCACAGCGUUUAUGUUUGGGAUGUCCGUGACCUCCGCGACCCGCGGCGGGCUGGAAAGCUCUACUCGGCCCUGUACCACUCCUCCUGUGUGUGGAGCCUGGAGGUGUAUCCAGACGAAGGAGGAUCAGGUAGAGGUGGAGGUGAGGUGCAUCUCCCACCUGGAUCCUUCCUGAGCUGCUCCUCAGACAACACCAUCCGCCUGUGGAACAUCGACGGACACAACAUUCUCCAGAGGAACAUCCUGAGCCACGACCUCCAGAAGGUGAUCUACGUGGAUGACAGCGUCACCAGCCUCAUGGACACGGAGAGCAUCACCAUCACCGGGGGCAACAGUGAGAAGGCGGGGCCGACGGGAUCAGAGGGGCAGCAGAUGGACCAGAGCCGGGCAGGCAUUAGGACCCUGAGAGUCAGUCCCGACGGACGACACCUGGCCUCUGGAGACCGGAUGGGAGUCCUCAGGAUCCAUGACCUGGACACCAUGGAGGAGAUUCUGAACGUUCAGGCUCACGACUCGGAGAUUCUUUGCCUCGAAUUCUCCAAACCUGAUACAGGUCUCCAGUUAUUAGCCACGGCCAGCCGUGACCGUCUGAUCCACGUCCUGGACGCCGGUAAAGAGUACAGUCUGGUCCAGACUCUGGACGAACACUCGUCCUCCAUCACCGCCGUCAGAUUCGCCGCCAAUGAGAGUAAAGUGAGGAUGAUCAGCUGCGGCGCCGAUAAGAGCGUUUACUUCCGCACGGCUCAGCAGAUGGGGGAGGGGCUGGAGUUCACUCGGACGCAUCACGUGGUCAGGAAGACGACUCUGUACGACAUGGACAUAGAGCCGACCCGGAAGUAUGCAGCAGUGGGCUGUCAGGACCGCAGCAUCAGGAUCUUCAACAUCAGUAACGGUAAACAGAAGAAGCUCUAUAAAGGCUCUCAGGGUGAAGACGGGACACUUAUUAAGGUACAGAUCGACCCGUCAGGACUCUACAUCGCCACCUCCUGCUCAGACAAGAACAUCAGUAUCUUCGACUUCUACUCUGGAGAGUGUGUGGCCACCAUGUUUGGACACUCAGAGAUUGUAACGGGGCUGAAGUUCAGCAGCGACUGCAGACACCUGAUCACCGUGUCAGGAGACAGCUGCAUCUUUGUGUGGCGGCUGAGUCCAGAGUUGACCAUCAGGAUGAGGCAACGACUCGCCGACCUGCGACCCACCAGCUCCGCCCCCAACUCCCAGAAUGCACCUCAGCAGAAAGCCGUGAAGCUCAGCGGCCGGGAAACUUCGAGUCCUCGAGUCGUCACAAUGUCGUCUGACAGCGACAAAGAGGAAGAGGAGGAGGAAGAGGAGGAGGGGGAGGAGCUCGGCUGUCCUUAUAUGGUCACGGCAGGAUGUCUGGAGGAGGAGACAGAAGCUAAGGAUGAGACGUUCAGCAGAGAUAAGACGGAGACGUCAGCGGGUCGACUUCCUCGCCGUCGCUGGUCCAGGAGGACGGACAGCGCUGACGAAGUCCUGAUGGUGAAGUCCAUGUUGGACCUGAGGAUGCUGGACUCGUUCUGUCCUGAUGAACAGGAGGAGCAGCAGGUGGAGCAGGACGAGGUGAAGACACGCCCCCUCGACAAAAGCCACUCCCCUAGCCAGAGGAGGAGGGGUCAGGGUGGGGAGGUGGGGCUUCACAGGACCAAUCAGGAACUGGGGAGUACCGUCAGCCUGCAGGUCGCCACAGCAUGGGCGGAUGACAAGACUAGGACCAAUCAGAGGCCAGACUUCAUCCUGCUGUCCAGUCAGAGCCCAGACAGAGAGGACCCGGUGCUGUAUCCUGACCAAUGGGAGGACAGAGUGAGCCUGGCAGGCAGUGAGUUCCAGGUGAAGGAGGUGUGUCCUGCUGCUGCAGGUGGACGACAGGACAAACCCAGUCCAGACAGCGGCUGCUCGCUGGGAUUCAACUCCAGACUGUCCAGUCCAGACAGACCUGUAGGAGACGAUUCGGAGCCCACGGAACCACUCAGUAUGGACGGAAACUCCUCUGAGCUGGACAUGGAGGACGAGGACGAUGAAGGAGGAGGACGAGGAGGUGGAGAGGACAGAAGAUCUCAGCUCGUCCCUCAGACUCCAGACCAGGAGGCGUUUCUGAAGGAGCACUUUGUCACACUGGCUGACCGCUCAGUGUCAGGAAGUCCGAGCAGAGCGUCUCACAGUUCCAGUGAGAGUCUCAGCAUCUCCUCCAGAUUCCUCUCCCAGAACUCAUCUGCAAGCCGGUCUGUGCUUCCUCUUCCAUCUCGGAACACCGGGGGAGGUGAAGGGGAGGCAAAGGCCCGUCCUCUGGUAUCUGAGGUCCGACCUCUGAUGGAUGAGAACACCAGGACCCAGGACAGGAGGGUGGCCUGGAACCAGGACCAAAUCCAAAAACAGAACGAGGACCAGAACUCCUCACUUCAGGACCAAGUAAAGUCUCAGAAUAGGACCAACCAGGACCAAACGCCUAAUCACAUUCAGAACCAGAUCCAGCAAAGUCCAGACCAGCUCCAUAGCCAGGUAGAGGAGGAAUCGUCCUCAGGUCAGCAGGCCUACCGGCCCUCGCCACUGAAGAAGAAGGUCCAAACCACUGUGGAGUCCAGGAGGAACCUGGGCCCAACAGCCAGGGCCGUUGCAUCCCAUAUCAACUCCUCCACUGGACUUCGGAAGGCUCAGUCAGUCCACAGUCUGCUGAGUGACACAGGUGACCCCUCUGUAUCCCAGGUGACCUCUCGUCCAUCCAAAGAGGUCACCCCUCAGCUGCUGCUCCCUCCUCAGCGUCCCACCACCCUCCCCUCCUCCCCAAGACGCCCCCCAUCCACGGCACUGCCCCCCCAGAAACCCACCCCCGCCUCCCCAAGGUCCCCCCAGCAGGAAACAGCCGCUACACCUGCUGCCGCCAAUACACCAAGGAAGUCUUCUUCAUCCUCUGUGACUGGAGCUUCGUCGCGCUCCUACAUGAGCCCCACGGCCAGCUCCAUGGCAAAGAUGUCCCGCUCCGUCUCCGUGGGCGACGGCCUCAACGUGGAACCCACCGAGGAGCCUGCAGUGACAUCACUGUCGUCGGUGGUAACCUCCUCCUCUCAGGUCAAAGACACUCCGCCUCCUGUCGCUGCUGUGGUGCCAUCCAACGCAGCUCUGACCACGCCCCCUCAUGCUGCCGUGGUCCCUGUUGUUGUCUCUUCGUGCCCCUCCUCGUCUUCAUCUCUGGGUAACCAUGGUAACCAGACGGUCCCUCCCCCCCGUGGUCUCCAGGCUCGUGUCCCCGGCAGCAGCAGGCCACUACCAGACAAACCCUCACUUGCCUCCUUCUCGCCUUCCUCCAAGUCGACUGCCUCCUUGUCUACCUCCUCAUCAUCACGGCCACCUCCGGUCUCCGUCUCCCCCCUGACUCCCCCCUGGCAGGAGGAGGAGCCUCAGACGCCUGCAGGCAGCAGCACAGGGCAGGUGGACGAUGCAGGUUUGGACUCUCAUCCUCCUCUUCAUCCCUUCAUCCUGUCAUCUAUCUGGCUCGGCCUCUCAUCCUCACCCUCCUCCCUGUCCUCUGCAAUGGACCAGCCAAUCAGCAUCGACACCUGCAGGGCUCUGACCAAUGAGCUGCAGAGCUGCUUUAAGAGAGCGACACACCUGUACAGGAAGGUGAGCGGCUCCUCCGCCAAUGACUCCACCCCCGAACAGCAUCAGAUGUCCCUCCUCCUAUCAGAGGCCUUCCAGGCGAUGAGGGCGGAGCUAGACUCUCUUCCGCUGAGCUCGCCGAGCAUGUUGGGAGGGGUGGGGGAGGUGAAGACGGCGGCGCUGCUGGAGGAAUACUCCCUGCUGCUGCUGCAGGCCGUCCACCGGAGGAUCAGCAGCUCCACAUGAGGAGCUCAACUCCUCCUCAUCGUCUUCAUCAUCUGCUGCUUCUGCAGGAGGAUCAGUGACUCCAACACUCUUCAUCAUCUGCUCCUCCUCCUCUUCCUGCUGGAGUUUUAAUGUUACACUACAGAGGAGAUGCACACUGAUACUCCUCUUCAUCUUAAACUACCUGCUCCUCUUCCUCAUCCUGUUCCUACCUUCAAUUAUUCCUCGUUCUCUCUUCUAAAUGCACAGUAAACAACAGUGAGUAGAGCCUUUAUGUCCAAUGAUUCUAAAUAGUGCCCCCUGACAGUAAUCAGAUUACUUCUGAGUUGAACAGCAGAGUAUUUGCUCAGAUGUCAAAUUCAAAACUAACAGUUCAGAUUUACUAUAUUAACUAGAAAAGCAUUCAGAGAGCGCAGUUCUCCGUCAGGACUGUUCAUUCCUCACUUUGUGUAUUCAGAAAUCACAGCAACAUAGAAUCUGGACAUUUAAUAUAGAUCGACCCACAAACUAAAUAAAUAAAUGCGUGAGCACAGGCAUGAUUCGUGCAUGUGUACAUUAUGUACAGAUACCGAAUUGCGUGACCAAAACAUGUUGCCGGUUGUAACUCCGGCAAAAAUGUAAACAAAGUCAUUACGUGCAUCAUGAUAUUGUUCAGUUCUUUCUAAAAGUCAUGAAUAAGAAUGACUUUCAUGCAUGUAUGAAUCAUUUGACUAGAAUAUUACACAAUAUGUCUCACUGUUUUUACAACGUGAUCAUGCUUGGGAGCCAUAAUGAAGGGUAAAAAGUUAACGAAUGUAGCACAAUCCAAGGUGGCAUACAACAGGAGAACGUAAACAAAGCCAUCUUAAAGCGCCGCGUGACGACGUAUUCAUCCGCUUGCCAACUAGUUCACGUAACCAGUUCUGAUGUAACGCUGUAGGUCGAUCACAUCGUAAAACAGGGACCCCUUGUACUAAGAAAGUUAUUGCACCUUUAUUAAUGGUUCAUAUGUUCACCAAACUCCUUCUAUACCUCCUGAUUACUGCUGACUCUCUGCUGCACUGGUUUUUAGUUGAUCUUCUUGGAUUUUUUUCCAUCUUUGUCGAGUCUCUCAGUCAGAUUUUUCAACUCCUCUGUUCAGUUUUUUUCCAUGUGGAGCCAUGAUGCAGACAUAGAUAGACCCAGUCCAUAGGUCCAGAACUGAGAACGUUAUGAUGUUCUCAGCUCAUUUAGAACCACGUUGAUGCAGUUAAAAUGACUGGAAAUCACAGCUGGACUCUUUUGCUGCAUUGAGUUUCUACUUUUGGGCCUGAAUUUUCAAUAUAGUCUUUCUGAAGUCUUUGUUUUCGAUUGUUCAUCAGAGGAAAUAAUCUGCUGUUCAACUUAGAAGUAAUCUGAUUACUGUAAGGGGAUACAAUUUAGAAUCAUCUGACAUUUCAGUGAUAUUGCACAGGGCUGUACUCUGCUGUUUCUUAUUCUCUUCUUCCUGUUUCUAUCUUUCUAUUCAGUGUUUUUGUUUCUUGUCUUGUCUCUGUUUUGUCGUCUUUCUGUAUCCUACACUAGUCUAAUUAUUCCUCCACAGAUGAAGGAUCUGAAGCCAUUUUGAUUUGCUUCUCUUUUUAUUCUCUCUCGUCUGAAACCGAACGACUCUUCGAAGCGUUUGAAUUUUUUUAGAAGAAUCCUCGAAGGACCUCCAGCGUUUUUUACCAAGUCAUUUAUGAACAGACGUUUUUCUCUGACUGAACCUGGGGACUUGUUUUUCUCCACUUCCAUUCCCUGGAGUCCCGUCAAUCUGAAGGAUCGAUCGGAUUGUUUUAUUGAUUACCGUUAGACUGUAGAGAAACUUGAUCAACGAGCAAACAGCAAUACAGACUGUGAACAAGCAUUUUGUUCAUCGUUUGGUGUAAAUUUUCUUGAUUUGGUGCUGAGCUGAUCUGAUAACACUUGUUUGUAUUUAUUGUGCUGAUGAGCUGUUACACUACUGACUCUGCCUGAAACUGACCGACUCUUUUCUGAAACCUCCAGCCGGCAUCUGCUCUUCUUUCACUGAUGGUUCUACGUUUUGGUAAUCCUUAUUAGAGAAACACUUUUGGGGGUUUGUUGGGUAAAUUCGGGGAACUUUGUCGUAACUUUCUUCACAAACAGGUCAAACUUGAGUUUGGAAUGUUUUCAUGUUUUUGUCACAUUAAAGAAAACUUUCAGGCUU